AUGUCUUCUAACGACGGGGCUACUCAGCCUCCUCAUCCUCCCGCCGCGUCCGAAUCUCCCAAUUCCAACGGUCACGGUGACGGACAGCAGAAUUUCCGGAACAACGGCCACGGCGGCAUGCACUCCUCGCAAUUGAAUGCAACCAAUUACUUAACCAAUAAUGCUGCGGAUGGCACCACGAACUCAUCGGACCCUCCAUUCGUCAACGUUGCAGUGAACGCCACGAUCCACAUCCAUGGGAACGACACCGUUUACGUUCCGCCACCGGCUAACCCUACCCUCAUCACCGCUGAGAUGUUUCGCCUUCUAUAUCAAGGUGGUCCUGACGGUCAAGGAUAUCGGGUCGACGGCCGCUAUCCGCGCUUCAACGUCAGUGUCGAUGCUGGGAUCACUGUGAGGGGAAUGCGCAACCUCGUCAACCCGGACGCUCCUACUCUGCAGGCAUACUUGACGGCUCGGCGCACUGCGGCUUUUGCGGCUCACCAGCGCUCUUCGUCUCUGCCCAAUUCGCCGUCGCAGGGCACUCCGCCGUCUCCGGCCCCUGCCUAA